AUGUUACGUGCAAUGGGUGUAGAACCCUCGCAACAAUUUUGCCUGGAUGCGCUUAAGAACAUUGUAAAUCAAAAACCUGUGAAUGUAAUUACUCGUUUAAAUGCACCAAACAAUUUCGGUAUACCAUCAUUAAACCAAAAUAUGGCUGGAAU